AGCCGUGUGUGCGGCUGCAGUCACUCGUGGAAUCCUGAGUCGUGUCAGUGGUCUGGCGGACGUGGUCGCGCGCGAGUGUAUCGUUGAGAAUCGGUUGCUUCGCUCGGUGAGAAACGGUGUGGAAAGGAGUAACGUUAGGCAGAAGAAAGGGUAUAAAGGUGCGUGUCUUCGGUGUAGUGAAAGGGCAACGGAAAGGGGUUUACGAAGAACGAUUCAACGUUCCUCGCGAUCUCGUCGUUCCGUGCGACACGCGUCCAGGAAUCCACCUCUCUCGACCAUCCUUCCAAAAAGGACGUAUCGUACGUUGGAAAUCGUGCUGCGAGACAGACAUUCCUCGAGUCUGUGUUGCGUGCAGGUAUCGACUAGUUUCUUGGAAGACUCGGAAGACGUUUCCUCUUUGUCAGAGGUGAAGAGCGUGGCGAAGGUCGGAGGAAAAAGUAGUUAACAGCCUUGCACCUGGCACAGCACACACACACACACAUACACACACACACACUUCGUCCCUGACGGCUUUUGCAACUGAAUCUCGUGUCCCGAUACGCGAUCUACGUUCUUCGUCGUCGAUUCUAUCUCGUACAUACAUUGCCAUUGUGUUCUUUCGAUAUAUAUAUAUAUAUACAUAUAUAUAGCCGAGUAUCGUCGAUGAAUGGUCGACGCUAAAUACACAAAACGUUCUUUGAAAUCAACGGAUCCGACGACCACGUUGGUAGUCGUUAAUCUCGCCUCCAUUUCAAUCCUCCACUACUAUUCCUACUCAAUAGCAAUAUAAUUCUACUAUCCUCGAAAAUAACAGGCUUCGCAUCCCUGUAUCGAAGCACAGCGUUCGAACGAAGGAGGAAGAGAAGGAGGAGGAUACGCACGUGUUCCACGCGACGGAAACGCAUCACUGCCAACGCGAUACGAGGCCGAGCAUCCGCCAUUCGAACAGAUCUGGGACCAGCUGGAGGACGCCUUUUCUUCGACUCGAGUUAUUAUCGCUGGUGUCUGCGCGUCCUGUAAACAGGUUACUGGUCGUCGUCGCGCGGCAAAAAACUCUCGCAUCGAAACGGUCGAAGAACAUUGUAGUUGUGUUGUCGUCGUUGUGUGGAGACACAGUUGCGAACAGCCGCGUUUGUCGACCGUUUACGCGGAAAAUCGUAGAAAUAUAAACACGGGAGGAGGGAAGGGAUCGGAUGGUCGUGGCCUUUGCUCGAAAAAGUGCGGAGUAUAUGUGUGAUACAGAGUGUCGGUUAGGUCGUUCGAUAACCCGCCCUGUGUUCCGCCAAGUGAAAACGCCGCGUGGAUGAUAAUUGGCGAUAGACGACCGACCGACUCGGUACGCGAUUUGGUGCGGUUAAUCAAAGGCUCUCGUCGUUGCUCGGUCGAAAGGGAGGGCUGCAAGAAGAAGGUGGAAGGAAGGAAGGAAGGAAGGAAGGCUUUGGAAAGUUUUGGAAAAGGAAAGGAAAGGAAGUGACCGUGAUAAUCCUGCCCGGCCAAGUUUACCUGAAAACGAUCGGCUGGCACGUCCUACGAGAUAGCUGACGAGAAUUCCGAGUCGAUGAGAUCGAAGCAAAGGGACGCGAGCUGAAAACGCGCGGCCGCCGUCGUUGAAGGCUACUUAAAACGACCAUUGAGCACUCGUCGGGGUGCUCGAAUUACCUACAACAGGUGGCCCGCAACUCCGCCAAUACGAGCGAAACAUCUGCAACUCCGGGCGGCUUGUGGGAGUGCAGCAAGUGCCUGGACGAGAUGCGGCUGAUGCAGAGGUUGGCGAUCAGCGGACUCCUGUCCGUGAUACUGAUCGUCCUUCUCACCGGCACGUUCGUCACGCGUCGUGAUCUCGCGAACGUGGUGGAGCGUGGAGGGGCGCCCGAGGAGCGCAGCAACGAGCAGCAAGCGAACCCCGCAUGGGUGCAGAGUAACGUGAUCCCGGGCCAGGACGAGGCGAAACCCCUCGAAGAUAAGGAUCGAUGGGUGGACCCGAGGCAGAGACAGUCGGAGCCAUCCGCGGUCGGACCACCGCCGGUCCCCGUCCCCGGGCCCUACGUCAUUAAACCGCCUAAUCCACCCCUGGAUGACGUGACUAAUCAGCGCCGCGAGAAGAUCAAAGAGAUGAUGAAACAUGGCUGGGACAACUACGUGAGAUACGCCUGGGGGAAGAACGAGCUGAGACCGAUCUCGAAGAGGGGUCACAGCGCAAGCAUCUUCGGCGCGUCGAACAUGGGGGCGACCAUCGUCGACGGCCUCGACACUCUGUACAUCAUGGGCCUUCACGACGAAUUCAAGCAAGGCCGGGACUGGAUAGCCGAGAACCUCGACUUCGAUAUCAACUCGGAGAUAUCCCUCUUCGAGACGAACAUUCGUUUCAUGGGAAGCUUGUUGGCCUGUUACGCUCUCACGGGGGACGUGAUGUUCCGGGAUAAGGCGGCUCAGCUCGGCGAGCGGAUGUUGCCCGCCUUCCAGACGGAAACCGGAAUUCCUCAUUCCCUCAUCAAUCUGCACACCGGGGCGAGCAAGAAUUACGGGUGGGCGAGCAGCGGGUGUAGCAUCCUGUCCGAAAUUGGCACGAUGCACCUCGAAUUCACCUACUUAAGCGACAUCACCGGGAAUCCGGUUUUCAAGAGCAAGGUCGAGAACGUGAGGAAGGUGCUGAAGAAUCUGGAGAAACCGAAGGGGCUGUAUCCAAACUAUAUCCAUCCGAAGACGGGGAAAUGGGGCCAACAUCACAUGUCGUUGGGAGGACUUGGCGACAGUUUCUACGAAUAUCUCCUGAAAGCGUGGAUCCAAUCCGGCAAGGAGGACGUCGAGGCCCGGCAAAUGUACGACGAAGCGAUCGUGGCCAUAGAUCAACACAUGAUCAAGACGUCGCAGGGCAAGCUCCUCUACGUGUCAGACUUGAAAUACGACAGGCUGGAGCACAAAAUGGGUCAUCUGGCGUGUUUCGCGGGUGGUAUGUUCGCGUUAGGCGCGAAAACAUUGCAAAACGAAUUGUCCGAUAGAUACAUGACGAUAGCCGCCGGUCUCACCAACACGUGCCACGAGUCCUACGAUCGAAGCUACACGAAACUCGGCCCCGAAGCCUUCCAUUUCAUCGAGGGGAACGAAGCGAAGAGCUUGAAGAACGGCGAGAAAUACUACAUCCUUCGGCCGGAGACCUUCGAAUCGUACUUCGUGAUGUGGCGGCUGACAAAGGAUCCCAAGUACCGUGAAUGGGGAUGGGAGGCCGUUCAAGCUCUCGAGAAAUACUGCCGUGUUCCAGGGGGGUUCACGGGACUCCACAAUGUUUACCUGGUCGAUCCGCCACAGGACGACGUCCAACAGAGCUACUUUUUCGCCGAGACGCUCAAGUAUCUCUACCUGCUGUUCAGCGACGACGAUCUCAUAAAUCUAGACGAAUGGGUGUUCAACUCCGAGGCGCACGUGCUUCCCAUCAGGGGCAAUCCCCUGUACCGGCCAGCUCCCUCUUUAUAAUUCAAAGAACCCUCAUACCUCGAAGAAACCACGCACCGAUGACGCAGUGAGGCCCCUCCAACUGCUCUUGAAACACCGGAAGUCCUCCGCUGCGCACCAGGAAAGAAGAGCAACGUGAUCCAUGAAAAGAAGAAAUAAAAACGGAACGAUUUGGCUACGAGGGAUGUAAAUAAGGAAGAACGCGAAAAAACUCGACGGUGUACGUGAUACGAGGGAGGGGAAAAAAAAAGUAGAGCAGUGAUCGAACGUUUCUGGAUUUAGAGAGAGAGAGAGAGAGAGAGAGAACAAAUCAGAGAAAAAAAAGUUAUUAAUUGUGAAAUUGUAGACGAACAAUGAAAAUAGGGAAAUGAAAAGAGUGGCGGUAGGACGAAUGUGAAUACUCAUCCCGAAAACCACAUGUCACCGCCUGUGAAUAAUUAAAAAUAAUUAUUUUAGGUAAAACGAGAUAAUAGGGGAAAGGGAGCGUGGGGAGAUAAUAACGAACAUUAUUUAAACGAGGAAAUAUAUUGCAUCUGAGACACUUACACAAAGAUAUACACACACGCGCGCAUACACAGAUAUACACAUAAGACACAUUAAAGACAACAGAGUACGUUUGUAAAUAGCGAAAAAAAGAGCGAGUGUGUGGAAAUAAAAAUAAUAAUAAAAUACGCGCGAGAAAGAGGGAGUGAAAGAAUGAGAGAGAAAAUAAGAGAAUGUGGGAAGGGAGAAUUUGAAAUAGAGUAUGAAAGGGCGAGAGAGAGAGAGAGAGAGAGAGAAGUAGAUCGAAAUUUUUAACCAUUUUGCCUGAAUGCUUCGCCCAUUUCUUUUUUUUUCGCCUGCGACAGAAAAACGGUCCAAUCCAUCGAACAAGAUACAAUUAUUAUGAUAUAUUCUAAUAUUCGAACGUUCCGCUCCAAGAAUUUACCGACGAUUACGGCGGGAACAAUCGUCGUUUCGAUCGGUGUUUCUCUUUUCGUUCUUCCUUCUAUUCGAGCUGUUUUUUUUUUUUUUGAAAACGUGGCAAACGUCCGAGGAGGAAAAAUUAAGAGGAAAAAAGAAAGAUAAUGCAUCAAAGAAUAUGAAACGAUAAUUAUAAAGAUAUGAUCGAUAUAUGGGGUAUUCGUAAAUAUAAGAGAGUGAUUGAAUGGAAAUAAAUAAUAAUUGGUCACGAAAUUUUUCAAGGAAUAUCAUGGAUAUACCAAUGCUUCGUGAUCGAAGAUCGAUCGAUGGAUCUUUUUAACCAUCGCUCGAUCUUGCCACUUUUCAAACAACAACAACCUAAACCUUCUUCUUCGCGGCAUUUUCUAUCUUUUUCUACUUUUUUGGACAAACGACACAUAUACUGCGCCUCGAUUAUCUCGGUGGCAGAAAGCGCCGAUGGAAAUAAUUCGUUCGAUUCGACACACGAGAACGCGUUACCGUUCUCUGACGCCUACGAUUUCAUCCUCGUUUCAUCUCUUUACUUUAAUACGACAUGAUGCGUUACGCAUACAUUACGCGCGUUUCUCAUAGGAACAAUUUCAUUGGAAUUGUUAAACGAGAUUUGAGCAUUGACUUUGUUUAGAAACGUGCGGUAUAAUUUAAUCGGCGAAGGGUGGCCCUCGUUUCCUUCCUUACCACGAAAUAUCUUUAUAAUUCAAACGGAUAAAAUACAAUAUUUAUUCUUGCAUUUUGUAAUCGUGUUUAUCGAUACGAACCCAUUUAUGCUGGCGUUCGUUGUUGGCUCGAUACUCGGGUCUCUCUUCGUCUCGAGCUUGACACGAUCGAAAGCUUGCAACGAGAUUUGAAAAUUUUGUUGUGCGAGUGGAAAGUUUAAGGGGAACUAUGGUGGAUCGCGUAAAUGGGUUACGUUUAAAAGUUCCUUACAUAUUCCUUUGUUUUCGCGCUCGAUCGUUUCGCCUGAAUUUUAAAGCGAAUCGCGAAGUGCUUCCAUGUUGCUCGAUGGAUAAAAUUUCGAACAAGUUUUGCGCGAAACUUUUCUUAUGGAAUUCGUAGUUUGAAUCUUUAUGAAUCUAAUGUGGAAAAGAAACGGACGUGCGGAGAAGCUCGAGGAAAGAUUCCAAGAGGUUUGGUGUACGUGCGUGUGUGCGCGGGUGUUCGUACUUGUGGAUCGAUGAAAGAAUUAACUUAUUUUUAACUACUCGACUAAUAUAUAAUAAAACCAUAUUUAUAAUUGUUUGAUACAUAUUUAAGGCGACUUGGAUAUUUCGAUGUUUCAGCCAAUAUCGCGAAAGAUGCAUCGCUUGUACAAUUUUAUUGGCUAAAUAUUGGAAUACUAUUGAAAUUAGUUCGUAAGUUUCAUUGUAAUAUUAGUUCUAUCUGUAUUGCUUUCAAAGCGAAAUUCUUCCGAGUUAAUUCUUUCGUUGGACGAACGACAAACCGAACCGAAAAGUCAAUUAUCCACAACAAUCGUGCCUAUAUUCUAUCAUCAAGCGAUCACUUCGAGCCUCGAGAUUUUUAAAUUUUUAACGUCUAAAUCUAGAGAUCAAAUUUCAUUCGAAACGAGAGCAUUGCAUCAACUAAAAUCAAAAAUGUCAAAGCCCCAGAGGGUUGCCCUUCGAACAAUAAAAUACAUAUAUAUAUAUAUAUAUUAGCUCAUCUCAUAAGUAUUUACGCACGAUUUUUCUCAACGCAAGUUUCUUAUUAUUAUUACGACGAACGUUUCGAUUGUUCACCACAAUUUUUAAUCGAUUUUUCUCCUAUAAAGUUUCCAAGAAACAUCGUUGCUUAUGGGAUGAUCUCGUUAAAUGAUGUAAUAUUUGGAAUCACCGUUGCAUCGAUUCUCGCGUUCAAUAGCGUCAACGAGUUCGUCGCGAAAGUCUUUCAGCCAUGCCGGGAUCAACGUGCAGCCCCCCUAGUAGUUUCCGGUGUAUAUGCGCGCGGAUCUUUUAUUUUUCCUUGUAUGUGCUAAACGAAUCGAGAAACGCGCGUCUCUCCGUCCUGUCGACGUUUACGACGUUCAGCGCAAAGUGGUGAACGCGAUGAGAUUAUUGAGAUUCUAAAAGGGGAAAAAAGGAAACGUGCCGAGAUCGAUUUUCAUCCCUUCUUGAAUUAUUGAUUACACGAUGUCGUUCCGAUUUGUCAUCAACGGCAUUGUACGAUUCGAUAUUUUUAUAUUUCCUCCGAUAGCAAUAUCGUUUCUUCGUGUACAUUUGAAAAAAUAUAAAUUGCGCAGAACAAUUUAUAAAAUAUAAAGAGCCGUUCGAAUCGUACAUUCGAGUCGUCCAAUUGAAAUCGUAACGAUAUUUAAGUAGCAGCGAGAUUUCACACUCCAGAAUCGAAUCUCGCAGCAAUUAACAGGCUGCGGAUUUUUAUAAUAUUUACGGAAAUUAUGCUCGCGUUAUUCCAUAUCGUGAAAUCGGAUUUUUAUUAGUAGAGAAAGAACCGUACUUUUUUGAUUCGUUUCGAUAUCUCAUUCGAGAUUGUCGAAAAGGCUGAAUAUUUCUUAAUUUCAACUUGAUUCAAUUGAACGAAUUAAACGAUAAACGUUGUUCACUUUCAGAAGAAUAUCUUAAUAUAGUAAUCUUCUGCGAUCAAAGACGAAACUUUGCUCCGAUUCGAUUAAAUAAAGGAAUCGAACAUGCACGAAAAUCCGCAGUCUAAUUAUCCACUGUUAGGCAUCUUAAUUAUCAAACGCUGCGAUCCCUACGAGAUCUCGUAUCCCAAUUAGAAGACGAAUGUAGCAAUUAUCGCCGAUUAUACGCACGUGGAUCGUCUUCUAGGGAUCGCCGUAUCGCUCAUCCAAAAUCUCAAAGACGUCCCUUUGCUCGAACGCAUCGUCGACGAAGGGGUGAGGCGGUCGCGGUUUCCGGUUAAAGGGGAAAAGCGAAAAAGCGGCGCGCGGGACGACUCGCGCGCGUGUAGUUUAGAGAACGAACGUAGCAAUCGAUAUAAAAAAAAAAGAAAAAAAAACUAGCGUGUACAUAGAAAAGAAAAAAAAAAGGGAGGAAGAGAUUUUCAAGGGAGAAAAGAAAAAAAAGAAAAAAAAAAAAGAAAGUCAUAUUCUAUACGAGGCGUAGGGAGCAGAGUUAUAUAUAGCGGUAAUUGGGGAGGGGGUGUAAUUGUAUAGGCUUUGCAACGAAUGUGCGCGAGAGAGAGAGAGAGAGAUAUGUAUGUAUAUGCGUGAGAAUAUUGUUUUAAAUUCGAGUUCUCUCGAAUUUUUCGAGUCUCAAGAUUGCAGAUUCGAAUCGCGGCAAACGAAUAGUUUAAAGUAUAUCGAGAGAAAGGAAGGGAGCGAGAAGAGAAAUUUUGCUUUAUGGUUUUUUGGUAAUUGGAACUUUGAGCCAAGAAAGAUGGGAAAUUUUGAUGGAACAACGCAUUGGAAGCGAUACUUGAAAAGUAUCGUCGAACAACGUAGUAGAUCAACAAGAUAUUUUGAAAGAGUUAUUUUUGCAAAAUCGAUCGGAUUGUUGAUCGAUCGAGUCGAUGAGAUAUACGCACGACCUGUUUCAAGAUUAAAGAUUCCCCAAGAGGAAGAGGAUUCGCGUUAUUCGCGUAUUAUGAAUCUGCUUACAAAUAAUUUCGAGGCUCGUCCGACGGAGGAACGAACUUCGAAAGUUCGAAACACUGCCCGUUCAUCUCGCGUUCGACGACAUCCAAUACCAACCCUCCUCCAAUCUUCCUCUUCUUCCACGAAGGAAUCUUCACGAAUCUUACGAACAAUCGCGAGCAAAGAUAUUCUUCGACGUUCGGAGCGUUGGUAUGGUCUCGAAAGAGGAAACUUAUAUUUUUCUAAACGGAGGAGAGAGAGAGAGAGAGCAAUAAUGGAAACGAGAAAGAAUCGAAUCGAAGAGAGGACGGUUUAUUUUUUCACGGGUUUGAAACUAUCGUUUGUCGCGGUCGAAAGCACACACACACGGGGGCCGGGAAUCGUCGAAGAAUGGAAGCGUCCUCCUUGCGCGAGGACGAUUACCGAUCUCGAUCAUUUUUCCCGCGUCCGCUUUCCAAACAAUCAGCGAGCAUCGCACUCGUCGAUGAUUAAGACGGCCAGAAAGUUACUUAAAAUAUAUAUAUAUAUAUAAAUACAUAUAACUUGUAUACUUUACGCCUCUUGCCUUUUUCGUUCCUCGAGCUCGGAUGGCCGCCCAAAAGAAAAACAUUUCGCUUUUUUUGAGCGCUCAUCCUCGGAACGCGCGAAAGCAAGACAGCAUAAAAAUGUACAUCCAUAUACAUAGAGGUAUAUAUACACACGAGGUACACAGGUGUACGUUUCUUCUUUUUUUUUUUUCUCGUACAGAAUGAUAAUACGAAAUGCUCGAUACGAUGAUACGAGAUGAUCGAUCGAUAGAGAUAUUUCGAUUCGGAUUUCUCGUAAUCGUCGUCGCGUUUCCAAGAGAUACGUUAAUCCUUUGAUAUAAUUAUUGAUAUAUAUAUAUUGAUAUAUAUAUAUAUAUAUAUAGUUGCGAAUGUCAUUCGUUCGUGGAAUUCGAUUCAUUGUUACUUGUGUAGUUCUUCGAAACGAUUUUGCAAUUUGCAUUUAUUAAAUAUUAUUGAUUCCUCGUGUCAAGGUAGCAUAGUAGAUAAGAAAUAGCACGGCAAGAGAAGAAAAGAAUAUUUUUAAGAAAAUAUUCUGUUUACGAAUUUUAUUCGAAAGUUUUAAAUUAAUAUUCGACGACCAAUUUUGUUCGAGAAUAUUUAUUAUAAAUUUUUUACCAGGAAAGAGAUUGUAAUUUGGAAAGAUUCGGGAGGAAGAAACGUGUCUGUUCUGAAUUUCUUUCAAUUUUUUUUUUUUUUGUUCUUUUUGAAAGAAAACAACGAAUAUCGCCGAAAUCCAAUUUUUCCAAAGGGGAAAAUCGUUUCUACGACACGGUAACGAUGGACGAACCACUAAACUUCAGUGUCUUCUAGCGCGUGAACCAGCUCACUCGGAAUUGGACGAGCAGAAUCUUCGUUUUCCUCCAUUUCUCAAGAAAAAAAAGAAAAAAAAAAGAAAAAAAAAAAAGAAAAAAAACCAAUUGCGAACAAAACAAUUCUAUUUUGCUGUUGAUAUACUUAGUAGCAAAGAGAGAGAGACAGAGAGAGAGAGAGAGAAAAAAUAAAAUAAUAAAAAGUAAAAAAAUAAAAAUAAAGAGAAAAAAGAAAAAGGGAAAACCGUUGUAAGCCGUUGUCCCGUCUAAAGGAAAUUGUAAAACGCAGGGGAGUUAACCGAUCAAUGGCGACGACGGCGACGAUGAUCGAUGAGGAUAGAUUGACGGUGAUGAAGAUAGUAAUAAAAAACGAUAAUUAGCCUAUGCAUAUAUUUGUGAAUAGAUAUUUAAUAAUUUAUUGUUAACUAGAGUAUUUUAUUUGAAGGAUUUUCAUUAAACGGGGUUUCGGGUACCAAUUAUAUCGUUUCUUACGCCAGAGAAAGGGAUUAGAGAGAGAGAGAGAGAGAGGGAGGGAGUAAAUGAGGGAGAAAAAGUAUAUGAGAGAAAGAGAGAGCGAGAGAGAGAGAGAGGUAUAUAUAAAUAUAUAUAUAUAGUGUGAAAAAGAAAAAACAAAAAGAGAUAAAGAGCGAGAAUUUCUACGUGCGCUUUUGUCGAAAAAAAAAAUCGAGAGAAAGAUAGAGAAGAGAAGAUAGAGACAAUUUUUUAGCUUUACUUACCUAAUUUUUGUAAGCAGAGCGACACGCCGGAAAAAAAAGGAGGAAUAAAACAAAUAAAUAAAAAGAAAAAAGGAAAAAAAAAGAAAAAAAAGGAAAAAUGGUGUAAAAGGAAAAAGAAAAAAUUAUAUAUAUUAUAUAUAUAUUUAUCGUUGGUCGAAGAAUGAAGAGAGAGAGAAAGAGAGAGAGAGAGAGAGAGAGAGAGGAGAAUGAAUAAAAAAUAAAAAAAUAAAAAAAUGGAAACGAUGAGCGCGUCGUAUGCGAGCAUUCGACGAAUGCGCGAACUAAUAAUUAUACUUGUAAAUACAGUAAACGAUUUAGUGAUAACGGGGGUUUUACUUUUAACAGCUUUAUGUGAUUAUUACUUUGUCAUGAUCAGUGAAAAAUAAAUAAAUGAUGAUAAUACUUUAA